AUGGCCUCCUCACGAACAUACAUACCCUCAAUAGCGCUCUUACGUGCCCUCUCUCGACCAGGACCGCCGAAAUGUUCAUUUGUGUAUCGAACCGACAUUCAAUGCCGCCGUGGUAAAUCUUCCCAACCACCAAAACCUCUAAAGAAAAAAACGCCAGCACAAAUCUACCACGACACUCUCCGCAAAGCGUAUAAAGCCACUGGCAUAGAAAUGCCAAAACCGAGGAAAGGCAGGGCGCAAUCCUAUCAGGACAUGCUGGACAUGGGUCUCUCUGGCAUUUCGUAUGUUCAAAUGGACGAACACGGGAAUGAGCAGGUCAUCGACCAGAUCAAAAGCGAGGAGGAGUUUCAACGAUGGCAGAAGCGAGAUCGCAUGCUGAAAGAAGAUGCAACUAAUCCGAAUUAUGACGAUACAGAGCUACGUAAAAUGCUGUUGGACGAUUUGAUGCGGCAUCCAAGCUUUUCGCAUUUAAGAGAGGAGCUACAGGAGAUGAAGGAGGAACAGAUAUCCAAGGAAGAGGAGGAGCGACAAGAGAAGGAGAUGGAGAAGGAGGUGGAUGAAGAAAUCAAGGACUUGGUCACGAAGCAGAAGGUGAUCAUGCAUGAUUCUUGGCAAGAAAUGAUCGAUGACCCGGACUAUGCUGAUGCCAAAGAAAUGCUCCUGGACGUUCAGUCAAGGUGGGCGGAGUUCGACAUGAUGUCAGACGAUCCGGAGCUAGAGGCCGCGUUUCAGCGAUUGACGGACAAACUACAGACGAUACCAGCAUUUCAAAAGAAACUGGCCGAGAGUGGAGACCGGGGUGAUGCAGAGCUCAGGGAAUUGGAAGAAAUGGAGCAACAGCUUGAUAAAAGCGAAGAAGAAUGGAGCCAACGCAAAAAAGAGGAGGAAGAGACCGAGAAGGCGUUGGCCAGCAAUGAAGGAACUGCCGAAGAAAUCAACAUUCUCUUAAGACAAAUACAGGAGCUGCUAGCCGCCAUUGGUGGAGAUAGCGAGCUCGAGGGAGAGCUGGAGGAACUACUCCAUCAAGAUCCCUUCAAAGAGGUCCAAGAUGAGUUGGAUGCCGAGUUCGACUUUGAGAAGCUCGCAAAGGAUAUCUCCGAUGGCCUCGAUAAACUCAAGAAUGCGCCUACACCUGAAGAACUUGAGAAGGACGAAAAUGAUGCCGAACUACAGGCCAAGGUUGACAAAAUCAUGGACGACCCAAAGCUUUUGGAGAAGCUAGCUUUCAUCAAGGAACUUAUGAAGGAGCGGAAAAGAGACAUCACCCAGUUUGGCGGAGAUGCUCCCGACCCAGCAACACUUUACAAAUCCGAAUUAACAACCUUCGGACAGCAGCUCAAGAUUGCCGAGAGAGACCCAGAGCACCUUGCUGCGAUACGUCGUCUUCGCAUCCACCUCCUCCCACCAUUUAAUAUCUCUCCUGCUCUGCGGUCUUUGAACCAAGCCCUUAAGUUCGCCUACCUCGGCGCGAAUGACGACGUAAGACGCAUUCUCUGGCGAGCGUACUCCAAAGCUCGAACGAUCCCAACACUUCUGCAAAAUAUUCCCGAUGAUGCUUGGGAUAUGCUGUGGUAUUCUCAGGCUGUAAAAUGGCGCUCGAACCAAAACCGAGAAAACCAUUUGAGGAUCCUGCUGCAAGAUCUUGUGAGCGUGGGAAAGGAUGGCCCGCCCACAAAGCCAGAGCAGCUGAUGGGGCAGGGGCAGCCAGAAGAUGUUCAAGGGGAGAACGAACCAACUCCGAUGGAGCAGGCUUUGGAGUUGGCGCGUGUGGCGAAAGCGGAAUUCUCCUCAAUGGAGGCUGCUACUUCUGUACGAAUUCCAAGGCCUGCAAAAGCAAACUCAAUCACCAUCCAUGUUUCCAAUGGGGUCACAGGUUUCGUACUAUGUAUUUCACCAUCGCCGUUCUCCCAGCCUCCAUUGCAAUACCUUGCUCUCCCUUUAGCGGGAAGGAUUGCCGCCAUGUCGAGCACGCUUAUCGGACCCGUUCCCACGCUCUUCAUACCUCCAUUCUCAUGUCUUAAUGUCAUAACUUCGGGUGCAGAUCCAAAUAUCUACGCUUCCAGCACCUCUCUCUUCAUUGGCAAUUUCAAUGGGUUCUAUAAGGGCAACAACUACCUCAAAGCAGCGUCAGAUUGCUAUCCCAGCUCUACAACAGGACUUAAUUUCUGGGGCAAUUACUACUGGUCGCCAGCAUAUUGUCCGCAAGGCCAUACGCCAGCGUUUGCCGCAGCUCCCACCGCCGCAUUCCAGUCAUCUGGCGACCUCAUUACGAAGUCUUUGGAUAAGAGUCAGUAUAUUUGGGGAGACGGGGUUCCGGUUGCUUGGGAGAGUUCGGAUACGGAUAUUUUAUCACUUAUCGCGAAAGUGACUGCUACAGCUGUGUCCUCUAUGGUAUCAGGUACAGGUGUAUUACCAACGAGUAUAUUUGCGUCCAGGACUUCAACGACAUCAACACCUACGCAUACGCCCAUCUCGGCAGCAGGUUCAUCUUCUCCAAAUACAGGAGUGAAAGUGGGGAUUGGAGUUGGAGUUUCAAUAGGCGUCUUAGCAAUCCUCGGGAUUCUGAGCUGGUUCCUGUGGCGCAGAAGAAGAAUUAGCACUACUCCACAGAUUGUUGAAUUGGAAGGCUCGACAGAUGCGCAGAAAUACGCCGCAGGAUGGGCAGACAAUAUCCCGAAACCUAGGUUGCCACCUCAAGAAAUGGCCGGGUAUAGAGAGGAGAGAGUAGAGUUAUCAGCGGAGGCUCAUCGCUGA